GGCUCUGGCCGUGACCGGGCAAAAUAUUUUACAUUGAAACACAUUUUCAAUGCGACUGCUCGCUGAAUUUAGAUAUUAGACUUGCACACAGAUUUAAUGUGUGGUUACAUCGAGGUUAAGGGGGCGCAUCUCUAUCACUUUAAACUUCUGAAUUAGUACGUUUUCAAAUUAGAAUCUGGUUUGAAUGGAUAGCUUUUUUCUCCGCUCCCCCCCAGAAGAGGGACUAUCGGAGGAGCAUACGGACUGGAAAUAUUGCAAGGAAAGUUGUAUUUAAAUUUGUACUGGAGGCGUAUGCGCUGCAGUAUCUCUUGUUCUGUCACUUUUGCUAGCUCAGCUACCUAGCAGCAGCUAGCUAUAAACAGGGUAUUUGUUUUCCCGGCUGCAGGUUGUUGUGAGUUGAAUUUCUCUCACUUCGUCUCCUGCCCCAUAUUUCUUGGGGUAAAGUCGGACUUAAUUUAUCGGGCCUCCUGGUAUUGGAGCCCAGUUAUCCACCACCGUUAGUAUUAGUAUCCCCAUCAAGGCGCCGAGAUUGGGCGAAUAGCGAGUAAAUACGUCCGCGUUUCUCUGCCUGCUCCCCCACCGGCCUCCCUUCCACAAUCCCCGGCGCUGACAGCAGAAAAGGCCGAGGUCGUCUUAGUACAGGCCCAGCCGCCAAGGCUCGACCUGUUUACCCCACCUCCGCAUCCUCCGACACCCCACCAACUACCCCGGACCCUUCUCCCCUCGGAUCCGACACUAGAUAAGGUAGAGGGGAACAAAGACAACAGGCUUCAUCACAUCACGACCGCUGCCAACAUGAACCACCAUCACACUCAGCAACAGCAGCAGAAAGCCGGCGAGCAACAGCUUAGCGAACCCGAGGACAUGGAGAUGGAGGCUGGGGACACAGAUGAUCCCCCAAGAAUCCCUCCAAACCCUGUCAUCAACGGGAACGUGGCUAUGGCAGAUGGGCACAACAAUACAGAGGAAGACAUGGAGGAUGACACUAGCUGGCGCUCAGAGGCCACUUUCAGGUUUGUGGUGGAGCGUUUCAGUCGGCUGAGUGAGUCUGUGCUGAGCCCGUCCUGCUUCGUUCGGAACCUGCCCUGGAAGAUUAUGGUAAUGCCCCGCUUCUACCCCGACAGACCUCAUCAGAAGAGCGUGGGCUUCUUCCUGCAGUGCAACGCAGAGUCUGAUUCUACGUCCUGGUCAUGCCACGCUCAGGCCAUGCUCAAAAUCAUCAACUACAAAGACGACGAGAAGUCCUUCAGCCGGCGCAUUAGCCAUCUGUUUUUCCACAAAGAGAACGACUGGGGCUUCUCAAACUUCAUGUCGUGGAGCGAUGUGACUGAUCCAGAGAGAGGCUUUAUAGAAGAUGAUAAGGUCACCUUCGAGGUUUAUGUCCAGGCCGACGCCCCUCACGGAGUGGCGUGGGAUUCGAAGAAGCAUACUGGUUAUGUGGGACUGAAAAACCAAGGAGCCACUUGUUACAUGAACAGUUUACUACAGACACUCUUCUUCACAAACCAGCUACGGAGGGCCGUGUAUAUGAUGCCCACUGAGGGUGAUGACUCCUCAAAAAGUGUUCCCCUAGCCCUGCAGAGGGUUUUCUAUGAGCUCCAACACAGUGAUAAGCCUGUGGGCACAAAGAAGCUCACUAAGUCUUUUGGUUGGGAGACUCUGGACAGUUUCAUGCAGCAUGACGUACAGGAAUUGUGCAGAGUGCUGUUGGACAACGUGGAGAAUAAGAUGAAGGGAACUUGUGUGGAAGGCACUAUUCCAAAGCUCUUUAGAGGAAAGAUGGUGUCCUAUAUACAGUGUAAGCAUGUGGACUAUAGAUCUGAGCGGAUAGAAGAUUACUACGACAUUCAGCUCAGUAUAAAAGGAAAGAAAAACAUCUUUGAGUCUUUUAAGGACUAUGUGGCGGUGGAGCAGCUGGACGGGGAUAACAAGUAUGAUGCAGGGGAACAUGGCCUACAGGAAGCUGAGAAGGGGGUGAAGUUCCUAACUUUCCCGCCCAUCCUACACUUGCAGCUGAUGAGAUUCAUGUACGACCCACAGACCGACCAAAACAUCAAGAUCAACGACAGGUUUGAGUUCCCAGAGCAGUUACCUCUGGAUGAGUUCCUACAGAAACCUGACGCUAAAGACCCAGCCAAUUACAUCCUCCAUGCCGUUCUGGUUCACAGCGGGGACAACCACGGUGGCCACUACGUGGUCUAUCUGAACCCGAAAGGAGACGGCAAAGUGAGUGUCACGCAGCCAAUAUGGUGCAAGUUUGAUGAUGACGUCGUUUCUCGUUGCACCAAAGAAGAGGCCAUUGAACACAACUACGGCGGCCAUGACGACGACCUGUCCGUGCGCCACUGCACAAACGCAUACAUGCUGGUUUAUAUCAGAGAGUCCAAACUGAGUGAAGUGUUGCAGCCAGUCACAGACAUGGACAUACCACAGCAGCUGGUGGAGCGGCUGCAGGAGGAGAAGAGGGUGGAGGCUCAGAAACGGAAGGAGCGCCAGGAGGCCCACCUCUACAUGCAAGUGCAGAUGGUGACGGAGGACCAGUUCUGUGGCCACCAGGGUAAUGACAUGUACGACGAAGAGAAAGUGAAAUACACAGUGUUUAAAGUCCUGAAGAGUUCCACCCUGGCUGAGUUUGUGCAGAACCUCUCACAGACCAUGGGUUUCCCACAGGACCAGAUGAGGCUGUGGCCGAUGCAGGCCAGAAGCAACGGCACGAAAAGGCCAGCCAUGCUGGACUACGAGGCUGAUUCCAAUAAGUCUAUGAUUGACUUAAGUGACAACGAGAAUCCCUGGACAAUAUUUCUGGAAACGGUGGAUCCAGAGAUGGCGGCCAGCGGUGCAACGUUACCCAAGUUCGACAAAGACCAUGACGUCAUGUUGUUCUUGAAGAUGUAUGAUCCAAAAACCAGAAACUUAAAUUAUUGCGGACAUAUCUACACGCCUAUAUCCUGUAAAAUACGAGACUUGCUGCCCGUUAUGUGUGAGAGAGCAGGGUUUCAGCAGGGAACUAGCCUUAUCCUCUAUGAGGAAGUUAAACCGAAUUUAACAGAGCGGAUACAAGACUAUGACGUCUCCCUGGACAAAGCUCUGGAUGAGCUUAUGGAUGGAGACAUUAUUGUGUUUCAGAAGGACGACCCUGAAAACGACACCAGUGAGCUGCCAACUGCAAAGGACUACUUCAGAGACCUGUACCAUCGCGUCGACGUCAUCUUCUGUGACAAAACCAUUCACAACGACCCAGGCUUCGUUGUCACACUCUCAAACCGAAUGAACUACUUCCAGGUGGCAAAGACUGUAGCUCAGAGGCUAAACACUGACCCCAUGCUCCUACAGUUCUUCAAGUCCCAGGGAUACAGAGAUGGCCCAGGUAACCCUCUCAGGCAUAACUAUGAAGGCACUCUCAGAGACCUGCUCCAGUUCUUCAAACCCCGACAGCCCAAAAAGCUCUACUACCAGCAGCUGAAGAUGAAGAUUACAGACUUUGAGAACAGGAGGAGUUUCAAGUCCAUAUGGCUCAACAGCCAGUUUCGUGAGGAGGAGAUCACACUAUACCCCGACAAACAUGGCUGUGUCCGAGACCUGUUGGAGGAAUGUAAAAAAGCCGUUGAACUUUCUGACAAAGGCUCAGAGAAGCUCAGGCUCUUAGAAAUUGUAAGCUACAAAAUAAUUGGCGUUCACCAGGAGGAUGAAUUACUAGAAUGUCUGUCUCCAGCCGCCAGUCGAACGUUCAGAAUAGAGGAAAUUCCUCUGGACCAGGUCGACCUGGACAAAGAGAAUGAGAUGUUGAUUCCAGUUGCACAUUUCCACAAGGAAGUCUUCGGAACCUUUGGGAUUCCAUUUUUGCUGAAGAUUCGUCAGGGGGAGCCUUUCAGGGAGGUGAUGAGGAGGAUCCAGACGAUGCUUGACAUCCAAGAAAAAGAGUUUGAGAAGUUUAAAUUUGCUAUUGUUAUGAUGGGGCGCCAACAGUACAUUAACGAAGAGGAGUAUGAAGUGAAUCUGAAAGACUUUGAGCCACAGCCAGGAAACAUGUCACACCCGAGGCCUUGGUUGGGACUCGACCACUUCAACAAAGCUCCAAAGAGAGGCCGUUACACGUACCUGGAAAAAGCGAUCAAGAUCCACAACUGACGAGCUCCAACCCCAAGUGAUCAUCCUGCAGUCUUUAACCAAACCUCUUGUGUGCACCACUUCUAACACCCGCUGUCUGGGGACACAAGCACCAUGUAUGAAGUUUUCAGCAAAUGGAUUUGCUGCUGAUGCUCCUGUUUUU